AUGCGCUCUCUCCGGGAGCAGUAUCUCUCAAUUGCAGCAAAGAGCCCAGGGUUUCUUUGGAAUGCUCUGAUAGACUUGUAUGCCAAAUGUGAAAAACUGGCUGAGGCUCGCUUAGUUUUUGAGCAGUUGCCUUGCAAGAGAGUUGUGUCUUGGAAUUCGAUGUUGGAUGGGUUCUGCAGAAGUGGAGAUAUUAAGAAGGCUAGACUCUUCUUCAAUGAGAUUCCUGAGAAGGAUCCGGACAAGAUCACACUAGCCAGUGUUCUGUCUUCCUGUGCUAGUGUUGCAGCCCUGAAUCAUGGCAUUUGGGUGCAUGUUUACAUAAAAAAGAAUCAUAUUGAGUUGGAUAUUAUGUUGGGAACUGCUUUGAUUGACAUGUACGGAAAGUGUGGAAGCAUUGAAGAAGCCUAUGAGAUAUUCUCAGAUAUGACUGAAAAAAAUGAGUUUGUGUGGACUGCUAUGAUAGCAGCACAUGCCAUGGAAGGGCAAGUCCAGAAAGCUAUUGAUCUCUACUCAGAAAAGGAAGCUCUAGCAAUAAAGCCGGAUCAUGUCACUUUCGCAGCUCUUCUAUCUGCUUGUAGCCAUGGAGGCUUAGUCAAUGAAGGGUACACAUACUUCAACAAGAUGACUAGUGUCUACAGUAUUGUUCCUAAGAUCCAAAAUUAUGGGUGUAUGGUUGAUCUCCAAGGUCGGGCCGGAUGCUUAGACUAG